AAAGAAAGAAACAAAACAAAAACGAAAAAUCAUUCGUCAACUUUAUUAUUACAAAACCCCCUCACAAGUCACAACACCAUCACUUCUUCUUCUUCUUCUGUCUGAGUCCAAAAUGGAAGACUUCAGAUCCAGAUCGUACGGUGACGGAAGAACAUCAGACCUUCAACAGUACUCAGCUCACCGAAGAUCCGAGGGUCCAGAUUCAUUCAGUGGUAACGGUAUGCAAGAUCUUAGGUCUUACAGUACUUCCUACACAGAUUACCCGACCCGGAUACCGGAAGACCCGAACCCGAAGAAAGGAAGAUCAUCUUCAUCGUCUUCUUGGGGAUUUGUGGAUCCAGAUUUACAAAGGAAGAAGAGAGUUGUUAGUUACAGAGCUUAUACUGUUGAAGGUAAGCUUAAAGGUUCUUUCAGGAAAAGCUUCAAAUGGAUCAAAGAUAAAUGCAACAAAUUACUUAAUUAAUUUUUUCAAAUCUGUUUUAUAAGAUACUAAUAAACUUUCGUGAUUUCG